AUGAAGAAAACAAGAGUAAGAAGAAGGAAUGCAAGUCUUGGACGAGGAUUUGAUGUGAAAUAUGUGGUGAGAAUGAUUCGUAAUCUCCUCCGAAGUCACGGAUACUUCGGAAGGAUAUCGGUUGUAAUGGUUGUUUCAGAUUCUCUCGCUCAGAAUAAAAUCAAUCCUAAUACCUAUCAAGCCCCCUAUGCUGAAUCACUCACAGAUCCUCGUCUGAUUGUUAAAGAUCUAAAAAAACGUAAUUAACUUUAUUUUCUUAAUUCUUGGUUCUUGAUUAGUUAGUUAUACGAUAUUGUCGAGAUGGAUGGUUUAUGUUUUAAAUUAUCUAAAAGGUAUUUUUUAUAGUUUGAAAGUAGUACAAAAAAUGUUCUGAUUCGUCGAUAAUCGUUUCAAAGCGCUCUAAUUCGUCGAUAAUUGUUCCUCAAUCUUAAAUUCUACAAAACCAAUUGAAAGAAA